AUGUUCGCCAACCCGACCUUUGGGGUCCCACAAUUCUACCCCCGCGAUCUCAAGAGCCGCGUCGACGAGUACGUCGUGGGCCAGGAAAGGGCCAAAAAGACCAUAUGCUCCGCCAUCUUCAAUCACUACCAGAACCUCAGGAGGCGGAGGCACGACCAGGACCAGGAUAACAAACACCGGGAGAAGCUGCAACGCCAAAACCGCACGCGGGAGAGAGACCGCCUCGAGCCGUAUCGUGACCCACACCCGGUCGAAGACGAGUUCCCUGGCCACUACGAGUCUAUACACCAGAGCCAUCAAGUCACAGAUGUCGACGCCGCUGCCAACGCCGCCGCCGAUUUCUACAUCCCCGAAGACCCGACCAUUCCUCACCACACCAGAAUAGACAAAAGUAAUCUGCUGUUAAUAGGCCCCACGGGUGUUGGAAAGACAUAUAUCCUCGAGACCCUGAGCAAGAAGCUCAACGUCCCCUUCACAAUAUCAGACUGCAACUCCUUUACGCAAGCCGGCUACAUAGGUCAGGAUGUCGAGAGCUGCAUCGAGAGACUCUUGAUCGAAUCGGGCUACGACACGAGAGCGACCGAGAACGGGAUUGUAGUCCUGGAUGAGUUUGACAAGAUCGCGCGAAGAGAAACAUCCAACGGCCGGGACGUCGGUGGGGAGGGUGUCCAACAGGCCCUCCUGAAGCUCGUGGAGGGAACAAAAGUAACAAUAAACGUCAAGGACAACAAGUCGCCGCGAUCUGCCGCCCCUAUAACGAGCAACUACGGGUCGGGCAGCUCGGGCUUGGCUCCUCCCACUCCUCCCACCUCCGGCAGGACAGACCAGUUCACCAUCGACACAAGGAACAUUCUCUUUGUCUUCUGCGGGGCUUUCGUUGGCCUUGAAAAACACGUUCUGGCGAGAGUUUCGAAACCGUCGCUUGGAUUCGGGGCUGAAAUCGGUGAUGGCCGGUCGUCAAAGAAGGGCAACAAGACUGUCCUGCCGCGGGAAAUGUACUCCCACCUGCCGCAUCAACCCCUAGCAGCGUCAGCGGAUGAGCCUGGAAGCACUAGCUUCACACCAAUGGACCUGACCACGCCCGAUGACCUGCAGGCUUUCGGUUUCAUCCCGGAGCUCAUUGGUCGGCUGCAUAACAUCAUCGCACUGUCACCACUGUCACAAGAUGAACUUUUUCGGAUCUUGACAGUCCCCCGUAACGGGCUUGUCGCACAGUAUAGAGCAUUAUUCGAGACUUAUCCUUCCAAGCUGUACUUCACCAAUCGUGCCCUCCUGGCUAUUGCCGAGCGAGCCCUCGAGAACGGCACUGGUGCCCGAGGGCUGAAGAUGGAAAUGGAGAGAGUGCUUGCUGAACCGAUGUACGAGGCCCCCGUGCAACACGUUCUCAUCACGGAAGCUUGCGUGAGAGGGCGGGAGAAGGCUGGCUACUGGGGCAGAGACGGGUGGUUGGAAGUUGAGAGGCGUAUCAGGGCAGAAGAUCAGCCCCAAGAAGUGGAUGAGGCUGCUGUGUCGACAUUUGAGCAGUACAGAGAGGCAGGGCAAAGCGGCGAAUAG